CAAUUUCAAUGUAUUCCCCCCUUUUUGCUCCUUCUCCUUUGUAAACAAUGCAAGGAAUUGAAGGAGAGGUGUCCUAGGUGACGGUGGUUCGCAUGUGCCUCGGCAAGUUUCGGUCCCACUUCACACUCCCGGCAGGCAAGCUGGCCCUAAACAGUCUAGCCAGCGCCACUCAGUGGGCAACCUCGGCACAAGGUCAACGGCAGUCCGUCGCGGCGCCCCAGCUUCCCCAGUUUCUCGGCUGCCCGCUUCCCCAGAUGUCUCAAUAUCUAGCGCAGCUUCAUCCACCUUGGUCUCCUUUGUCUUCUCACCAGUGGUUUCGGCAUUCUAUGCAUUUUAGCCUUCUUAGACUUUGAUACCGCAUUCGCUUAUUUCUCCCUCGGCAGACAGACACCAUGGCUUCUCCUCAACAAAUCCGGACCGAUGUUACGGAUCUUUUCAAGAUCAACCAUCCUAUCCUGCUGGCGGGCAUGAACGUAGCUGCCGGUCCCAAGCUGGCAGCGGCCGUCACAAACGCCGGCGGUCUUGGUGUGCUGGGUGGCAUCAAUUACACCCCCGACAUGCUAAGAGACCAGAUCGAUGAGCUCAAGUCGCACCUCAUUGACAAGAACGCGCCCUUUGGCGUCGACCUCUUGCUGCCCCAGGUCGGUGGGAAUGCCCGGAAAACAAACUACGACUACACCAAGGGCAAGCUCAAUGAGCUGAUAGACAUCAUUAUCGAGUCGGGCGCCAAGCUCUUCGUUUCGGCCGUUGGUGUGCCCCCAAAGCAUGUGGUUGAGAAGCUGCACAAGAACGGUAUUGUCUACAUGAACAUGAUUGGGCACCCCAAGCACGUCAAGAAGUGCCUCGAUCUGGGUUGUGACAUCAUCUGUGCCCAGGGCGGCGAAGGCGGAGGCCACACCGGCCACGUACCGACGACGGUCCUCAUCCCCGCCGUCGUCGACCUUUGCAAGGGCUACAAGUCUCCCCUGACUGGCAGGCCUGUUCAAGUUAUCGCUGCGGGCGGCAUCCACAACGGCCAGCUGUUGGCGGCGGCGCUAAUGAUGGGCGCCAGCGCCGUCUGGGUCGGCACGCGCUUUGUCCUGUCCGAAGAGGCCGGUGCCCCCGAGGCGCACAAGGAGGCUGUGAAGACGGCGAGCUUCGACGACACGGUCCGCACUGUCAUCUUCACCGGCCGCCCGCUGCGGGUACGCAAGAACCCUUACAUCAUGAACUGGGAGGAGGAGCGGCAGCAGGAGAUCAAGGAGCUCACAUCCAAGGGCAAGAUACCCUACGAGGCGGAUCUUGACCGCAUUAUGUCGGGAGACGCUGCAGAGUCGCCCGUCGCGAAGGCAGCAGGCCUGGACAAGGCGGGUGGCGGUGGAGAGGAAGAGGUUGAUGUCGACGAGCUCCUCGACCAGUUCCGCCCCUUCCUCAUGGGCCAGUGCGCCGCGGUCGUCAAUGAGAAGAAGACGGCCAAGGAAAUCGUCGACGAGUUUAUCACCGAUGCCGUCGCCAGCAUUAAGAAGGGCAAUAAGACGCUCGCCAAGUUGUAGUGGGCGAUGGAAUGGUAAAAGCAACCGUGUCUUUCAGUUAAAGCGGCUUGUGGUGUAUUGAUAGCGUCUGUCUUCCCGUAGUUAUGAGUCUGGUUGUGAUUCUGAAAUACCAUUGUUUGUGGCGUCUCUCUGGUUGCAACAUUAUAUAUUGCUUGUGCGUUAUUGUCCGAGGGGCUGAAGGGAGUUAGAGGGUUCAAUGUAGUGGAUUGACUGGGCUACUGCUGAAGAAGUAGAGGAGCAAAAGUCCAAGGCCAACGUACGGCUAGCAAAAGGGGCAGUGUGACUGGCUGAGGUAAGCAGUGUAGGCUAGGUUGGCCCACACAAGAGUCAUUCAAAUACCGCGACUAUCUCCGAAAUACCCGCAGGGCCGAGCAUCUACUCGGUGCUUGGGAUCAGGAUCGGACGGAC